AUGAAUGGUGAUGGCUUAGACAUGCUGAAUGGCUGUAGCAAAGCAAAAUAUGGAGUUCAGAAUGAAGCAGCAUUGCUUGCUUUAAUGGAAAAAACGGGUUACAGUAUGGUACAGGAAAAUGGUCAAAGGAAAUUUGGUGGCCCUCCUCCAGGUUGGGAAGGACCUCCACCUCCUCGUGGUUGUGAAGUUUUUGUAGGGAAAAUUCCUCGUGAUAUGUAUGAAGAUGAAUUGGUUCCUGUUUUUGAGCGAGCUGGCAACAUUUAUGAAUUCAGAUUGAUGAUGGAGUUCAGUGGUGAGAACAGGGGGUAUGCUUUUGUCAUGUAUACUAGCAAAGAAGAAGCCAUUUUAGCUAUUCGAAUGCUAAAUAAUUAUGAAAUCCGACCUGGCAAACUUAUUGGAGUCUGUGUGAGUUUAGACAACUGUAGAUUAUUCAUUGGCUCUAUUCCAAAGGAAAAGAAAAAAGAAGAAAUUUUACAUGAAAUGAAGAAAGUUACGGAAGGUGUAAUAAAUGUUAUUGUGUAUCCCAGUGCAACAGACAAAACUAAAAAUAGAGGAUUUGCUUUUGUGGAAUAUGAAUCUCACAGAGCAGCUGCUAUGGCAAGAAGAAGGCUGAUUCCAGAAGUGUUGCCAUAUAGCACCACAAAAGUCCAUAGUUCUGACCCUACAGACCUGCUUUUAAACAAGAUACAAUGA